AUGCAUCCACAGAGCUUGGCCGAAGAGGAAAUCAAAGCAGAACAGGAGGUGGUAGAGGGCAUGGAUAUCUCUACUCGCUCCAAAGAUCCUGGCUCCACCGACAGAACAGCCCCAAAAAGAAAGUUCCCCAGCCCUCCGCAUUCUUCCAAUGGCCACUCGCCACAGGACACGUCCACCAGCCCCAUUAAAAAGAAAAAGAAACCCGGCUUACUGAACAGCAACAACAAGGAGCAGUCAGAACUAAGACAUGGUCCGUUUUACUAUAUGAAGCAGCCACUCACCACAGACCCUGUUGAUGUUGUACCGCAGGAUGGACGGAAUGAUUUCUACUGCUGGGUUUGUCACCGGGAAGGCCAAGUCCUUUGCUGUGAGCUCUGUCCCCGGGUUUAUCACGCUAAGUGUCUGAGACUGACAUCGGAACCAGAGGGGGACUGGUUUUGUCCUGAAUGUGAGAAGAUUACAGUAGCAGAAUGCAUCGAGACCCAGAGCAAAGCUAUGACAAUGCUCACCAUCGAACAGUUGUCCUACCUGCUCAAGUUUGCCAUUCAGAAAAUGAAACAGCCAGGGACAGAUGCGUUCCAGAAGCCUGUUCCGCUGGAGCAGCAUCCCGACUAUGCAGAGUACAUCUUCCACCCCAUGGACCUGUGCACAUUGGAAAAGAACGCGAAGAAGAAAAUGUAUGGCUGCACGGAAGCCUUCCUGGCUGACGCCAAGUGGAUUUUGCACAACUGCAUCAUUUAUAACGGGGGAAAUCACAAAUUGACGCAAAUAGCGAAAAUAGUCAUCAAAAUCUGUGAGCAUGAGAUGAACGAAAUCGAAGUGUGUCCGGAGUGUUACUUAGCUGCUUGCCAAAAACGCGACAACUGGUUUUGUGAGCCUUGUAGCAAUCCGCAUCCUUUGGUCUGGGCCAAACUGAAGGGCUUCCCAUUCUGGCCUGCCAAAGCUCUGAGGGACAAAGAUGGGCAGGUGGAUGCCCGGUUCUUUGGACAACACGACAGAGCCUGGGUUCCCAUAAAUAAUUGCUACCUCAUGUCUAAAGAAAUUCCUUUUUCUGUGAAAAAGACUAAGAGCAUCUUCAACAGUGCAAUGCAGGAGAUGGAGGUGUACGUGGAGAACAUCCGUAGGAAGUUCGGGGUUUUUAACUACUCCCCGUUCAGGACGCCCUACACGCCCAACAGCCAGUACCAGAUGCUGCUCGACCCCAGCAACCCCAGCGCCGGCGCCGCCAAGAUAGACAAGCAGGAGAAGGUCAAGCUCAACUUCGACAUGACGGCCUCCCCCAAGAUCCUGAUGAGCAAGCCCAUGCUGAGCGGGGGCGCCGGCCGCAGGAUCUCCCUCUCCGACAUGCCGCGCUCCCCCAUGAGCACCAACUCCUCCGUGCACACCGGCUCCGACGUGGAGCAGGACCCCGAGAAGAAGGCCCUGUCCAGCCACUUCAGCGCCAGCGAGGAGUCCAUGGACUUCCUGGACAAGAGCACAGCGUCGCCGGCCUCCAUGAAGACGGGCCAAGCAGGGAGUUUGUCCGGCAGCCCGAAACCUUUCUCUCCUCAAGCGUCCACGCCAAUCAUCACGAAGGCAGACAAGAUGGCCACCACCGGGAGCAUCCUGAACCUUAACCUGGAUCGGAGCAAGGCCGAGAUGGAUCUGAAGCAGCUGAGCGAGUCCGUCCAGCAGCAGGCCGCCCCCGUCCCGCUCAUCUCUCCCAAGCGGCAGAUCCGCAGCCGGUUCCAGCUCAACCUGGACAAGACAAUAGAGAGUUGCAAAGCACAACUAGGCAUAAAUGAAAUCUCGGAAGACGUCUAUACAGCUGUCGAGCACAGCGACUCGGAGGAUUCGGAGAAGUCGGACAGCAGCGACAGUGAGUACAUCAGCGAUGACGAGCAGAAGUCCAAGAAUGAGCCGGAAGACGUGGAAGACAAAGAGGCCGCCCAGGUGGACAAAGAGCUGCCUGCCGUCAAAGCCAAGCCCAAGCUGGCCAGCCCGGUGGAGGUCAAAGAGGAGCUGACGAGCCUGUCGCCUCCCGGCGAGAAGGCGGAGCCAGGCUCCGCCAAGGACAAGGCGAGCCCCCCGCCCGAGAAGGACUUCUCGGAGAAAGCCAAACCCUCGCCUCUCCCCACAAAGGACAAGAUGAAGGGGAAAGAUGAGACGGACUCCCCAACGGUCCACUUGGGCCUGGACUCUGACUCAGAGAGCGAACUGGUCAUAGAUUUGGGAGAAGACCAUUCUGGGCGGGAGGGUCGCAAAAAUAAGAAGGAAUCCAAAGAACCAUCUCCCAAGCCGGACGUGGCUCUCGUCGUAGCUAAAGCCCCACUGCUGUCCGCCACGGCAGGCAGCCAGUCUCCCCCCGAAACGCCGGUCCUCACCCGCUCGUCCUCCCAAACGCCCGCCGCUGGGGUCACGGCCCCCGCCAGCACCACGUCCACGGUCACGGCCCCGGCUGCCACCGCCACCACCACCGCCACCGCCACCACCGCCAUCACGGGAAGCCCGGUGAAAAAGCAGAGGCCGCUCUUACCGAAGGAGACUGCCCCGGUCGUGCAGCGGGUCGUGUGGAACUCAUCAAGUAAGUUUCAAACGUCCUCCCAAAAGUGGCACAUGCAGAAGAUGCAGCGCCAGCAGCAGCAGCAGCAGCAGCACAGCCAGCAGCAGCAGCCUCAGUCUUCCCAGGGGACGCGAUAUCAGACCAGACAGGCUGUGAAAGCCGUCCAGCAGAAGGAGAUCACGCAGAGCCCGUCCACCUCCACCAUCACCCUGGUGACCAGCACUCAGUCAUCACCCCUGGUCACCAGCUCGGGGGGCACGAGCACCCUGGCCUCUGUAAUCAGCGCAGACCUCCCCAUCGCCACCGCCUCCGCCGACGUCGCCGCGGACAUCGCCAAGUACACUAGCAAAAUGAUGGAUGCCAUCAAAGGAACGAUGACAGAGAUAUACAAUGACCUUUCCAAAAACACUACCGGGAGCACCAUAGCCGAGAUUCGCAGGCUGAGGAUUGAGAUCGAGAAGCUUCAGUGGCUGCACCAGCAGGAGCUCUCCGAGAUGAAACACAACCUGGAGCUGACCAUGGCGGAGAUGCGGCAGAGCCUGGAGCAGGAGCGGGACCGGCUCAUCGGUGAGGUGAAGAAGCAGCUGGAGCAGGAGAAGCAGCAGGCGGUGGACGAGACCAAGAAGAAGCAGUGGUGCGCCAACUGCAAGAAGGAGGCCAUUUUCUACUGCUGCUGGAACACCAGCUACUGCGACUACCCCUGCCAGCAGGCCCACUGGCCCGAGCACAUGAAGUCCUGCACCCAGUCAGCUACAGCCCCGCAGCAGGAAGGAGACUCUGAGUCGAACACAGAAACACCCAACAAGUCCUCCCAGGGCUCCUCUGCCAGCACGCCGGCAGCCCCUUCCGACACCGCCAGCACCUCGAAAGAGAAGGAGACGGCUGCCGAGAAAAGCAAGGACAGCGGCUCGACCCUCGACCUUUCUGGCUCCAGGGAGACGCCCUCCUCCAUUCUCUUAGGCUCCAACCAAGGCUCUGACCACGCCCGGGGCGGUAAGUCCGGGGGCUGGAGCGGCGGCGGCAGCGAGGAGAAGCGAGGACCAUCGCGCUCCGAGCACAGCAGCAGCGCGAAGAGCCUCCUCCCGAAAGAGUCUCGGCUGGACGCCUUCUGGGACUAG